GCGAAAGCUGGAAGAGGAAGUGAAGGAGGAGCUCUGCUGAAAUUCACUCACACACCGCCUGCAAAAAAAAAAAAAAAAGGGAGGCGCACUAAGUAACAGCAGUGGUCGACAUUAGGCAAGUCUAGUAAAGAACGACAAAUUACGGAGAAAAGGUGAUGGCCGUGUCAGUCUCCAGGGAUCUGACAGUGCAGGUGCUGCCAGAUGUGAACACGGUUAAACUGUCUGACAGACAGCAGGAACUGUGCGCUGCUGUUAAGAGAGGGGAGCCCAAAUGUCUUGGGGUGAGUCAGGUGAUGCUUGGGCUGAUGGUCAUGUCCUACUCCAUUCCUCUCCACGUCACUGAGCUGACUCAGGUAGUCACCCUGGGAGUUCCUUGGUGGAGUGGCCUCAUGUUCAUCACAGCCGGUUUGGUCGCAAUCCUCCUGGACAAACAGUGCACCUUAAAGAUGUUGCAGGUGUGCGUGAUAGUGAGCUUGGUGUCCAUCUUGCUCUCACUGGUAGCUGUGAUCAUCUACGCUGUCGACAUUGGCAAGAAUCCCGAAGGGGAGUGUGUCGGUGGCCGUACGUGUAGCGACCAACAUUUUGCCAUGAAGUUCAGCAACGGAGUGAAGCGGGCCCUCCUUAUCUUCACUUUGGCUCAGACAACCAUCUCUGCCGUCCUCUGCUACCUUCUCCUCAGGCAGAAACGCACAUUUGGACAAUAUGCCUCUCUGGCUCAAGAUGUUACAACCUCCUCCUCCACGCUUGCAGCCCCUGACCUGAACUGAUCAAUCACUGGACCAAACAUCACUCGAGGAUCAGGUCGUGCCAUUAAGAUGACUGAUGAGCUGUGUGCCCUGAUGGCAGAAAGUCUUCAAGUUGUCUGUGUAAUUGUAUCUGUAGAGCUAUCGUAUUCACUUAAUGACACCAGUGUUUCAUGAAUAAGUCAUUCAUGGCUCGAGUGUAAGAUUUCGGUCAAAUGAUUAAAACCUGGAAACAAUAAACACCAGGGCGAUUGUAAAAGAUACAAAGAACGGGAUGAAUGGCAGAAGCAUUGACUCUUAGACACUGGUAUAAUACAUGAUGUACAGACGUAAUACAAAUGUAUGAAAUGAGACGGGAUGAUUGUAUCCUGAUAAUGUUAGUGGGGUUUCUGGUUGGAACAUGCGGUGGGCUUUUUGUGACACACUUAAUGCGUUACGACAUAAAACAUCCUUCACAACAGGUGGUUUUAGUUUAAUUGCUGUAUCACUGUAUUUGGAAGGACAGACAACCAACCUCCUCAUGAAACCUUUGUCAUGUACAGCAUCUCUCCUUUCUGUUUUAACUCCGAUGUUAUUGCUUAUUUUAUAUCAAAUAAAACCAUCCAUACGUACACUGUAUAUGAAUGAAAA